AUGGAUAUGUCUGACCCCAAUUUUUGGACUGUGCUCUCAAACUUUACUUUGCCUCAUUUGAGGAGUGGGAACAGGCUUCGGCGAACACAAAGUUGCCGAACCAGCAACCGGAAAAGCUUGAUAGGCAAUGGACAAUCCCCAGCAUUGCCUCGGCCCCACUCACCUCUUUCUGCUCAUGCAGGAAAUAGCCCUCAAGAUAGUCCAAGAAAUUUCUCCCCCAGUGCCUCUGCCCAUUUUUCAUUUGCACGGAGGACUGAUGGACGCCGCUGGUCCUUGGCUUCCCUCCCCUCCUCUGGCUAUGGGACAAACACUCCCAGCUCUACGGUCUCUUCAUCCUGUUCCUCCCAGGAGAAGUUGCAUCAGUUACCAUAUCAACCGACACCUGAUGAAUUACACUUCUUAUCAAAACAUUUUUGUACCACCGAAAGCAUCACCACAGAGAACAGAUGCAGGAACACACCCAUGCGCCCCCGUUCCCGAAGUUUGAGCCCUGGACGUUCUCCCGCCUGCUGUGACCAUGAAAUAAUUAUGAUGAACCAUGUCUACAAAGAAAGGUUCCCAAAGGCUACAGCUCAGAUGGAAGAGCGCCUAAAAGAAAUCAUCACCAGCUACUCUCCAGACCAUGUCCUCCCCCUUGCAGAUGGAGUGCUCAGCUUCACUCACCAUCAGAUUAUUGAACUGGCUCGCGAUUGUUUGGAUAAAUCCCACCAGGGUCUCAUCACCUCACGAUACUUCCUUGAAUUACAGCACAAAUUAGAUAAGUUGCUACAGGAGGCUCACAAUCGUUCAGAAAGUGGAGAGCUGGCAUUUAUUAAACAACUAGUUCGAAAGAUCCUGAUUGUUAUCGCCCGCCCUGCUCGCUUAUUAGAGUGCCUGGAAUUUGAUCCUGAAGAAUUUUACUACCUAUUAGAAGCAGCAGAAGGCCAUGCCAAAGAAGGACAGGGUAUUAAAACUGACAUUCCCAGGUACAUCAUUAGCCAGCUUGGCCUCAAUAAAGAUCCUCUGGAAGAAAUGGCUCAGCUGGGAAACUAUGAUAGUGGGACAGCAGAAACACCAGAAACAGAUGAAUCAGUGAGUAGCUCUAAUGCUUCCCUGAAACUUCGAAGGAAACCUCGGGAAAGUGAUUUUGAAACGAUUAAAUUGAUCAGCAAUGGAGCCUAUGGGGCAGUCUAUUUCGUUCGGCAUAAGGAAUCCCGGCAGAGGUUUGCCAUGAAGAAGAUUAAUAAACAGAACCUCAUCCUCCGGAACCAGAUCCAGCAGGCCUUUGUGGAACGGGAUAUCCUGACUUUUGCAGAAAACCCUUUUGUGGUCAGCAUGUAUUGCUCCUUUGAGACCAGGCGCCACUUGUGCAUGGUCAUGGAAUACGUGGAAGGGGGUGACUGUGCUACCUUAAUGAAGAACAUGGGUCCUCUCCCCGUUGACAUGGCCAGGAUGUACUUUGCUGAGACAGUCCUGGCCUUGGAAUAUCUACAUAAUUAUGGAAUUGUACAUAGGGAUUUGAAACCAGACAAUUUGUUGGUCACCUCCAUGGGGCACAUAAAGCUGACAGAUUUUGGAUUAUCCAAGGUGGGGCUCAUGAGCAUGACUACCAAUCUUUAUGAGGGUCAUAUUGAAAAGGAUGCCCGAGAGUUCCUGGACAAGCAGGUCUGUGGCACACCUGAAUACAUUGCACCAGAAGUGAUUCUGAGGCAGGGCUACGGGAAGCCAGUGGACUGGUGGGCCAUGGGGAUUAUCCUCUAUGAAUUUCUGGUUGGAUGCGUGCCGUUCUUUGGGGACACUCCAGAAGAGCUAUUUGGACAAGUCAUCAGUGAUGAGAUCAACUGGCCUGAAAAGGAUGAGGCACCACCUCCUGAUGCCCAGGAUCUGAUUACCUUGCUCCUCAGGCAGAAUCCCCUGGAGAGACUGGGAACAGGUGGUGCAUACGAAGUCAAACAGCAUCGAUUCUUCCGUUGCUUAGACUGGAACAGUUUGCUGAGACAGAAGGCAGAAUUCAUUCCCCAACUGGAAUCUGAAGACGACACAAGUUAUUUUGAUACUCGGUCAGAGAAGUACCAUCAUAUGGAGACUGAGGAAGAAGAUGACACGAAUGAUGAAGACUUUAAUGUGGAAAUAAGGCAGUUUUCCUCAUGUUCACAUAGGUUUUCUAAGGUUUUCAGCAGUAUGGAUCGAGGUACUCAGAAUUCAGGAGAAGAAAAGGAAGACCCUGGGGACAAAACUAAAUGCACAACUUUGCCAUCCACGGAAACGUUAAGCUGGAGUUCAGAGUAUUCUGAAAUGCAACAGUUGUCCACAUCCAACUCUUCGGAUACCGAAAGCAACAGACAUAGACUCGGUUCUGGGCUGCUUCCCAAGCUGGCUGUUUCAGCAGAGGCAGAACAUGAUGGGGCUGCUCCCCACCCCAGAGAGCUGCACGAGGAGCCGGAAAAGCCAGCCCUCCCCCCGGCAGAGAGUGCUCAGGAGGAGCCCGAGGUCACCACCCCGGCCAGCACCAUCAGCAGCUCCACUCUGUCAGUUGGCAGUUUUUCAGAGCACUUGGAUCAGAUAAAUGGACGAAGCGAGUGUGUGGACAGUACAGAUAAUGCCUCAAAGCCCUCCAGUGAACCCGCUUCUCACAUGGCUCGGCAGCGAUUAGAAAGCACAGAGAAAAAGAAAAUCUCGGGGAAAGUCACAAAGUCCCUUUCUGCCAGUGCUCUGUCCCUCAUGAUCCCAGGAGAUAUGUUUGCUGUUUCUCCACUGGGAAGUCCGAUGUCUCCCCAUUCCCUGUCCUCGGACCCUUCUUCCUCAAGGGAUUCAUCUCCCAGCCGAGAUUCUUCAGGAGCUUCUGCCAGUCCGCACCAGCCCAUUGUGAUCCACAGUUUAGGGAAGAACUAUGGUUUCACCAUUCGAGCUAUCCGGGUGUAUGUGGGGGACAGCGACAUUUACACAGUGCAUCACAUCGUUUGGAAUGUAGAAGAAGGAAGUCCAGCUUGCCAGGCAGGACUGAAGGCUGGGGAUCUGAUCACGCAUAUCAAUGGAGAACCAGUGCAUGGACUUGUCCACACAGAAGUUAUAGAGCUCCUGCUAAAGAGUGGAAAUAAGGUGUCAAUCACAACCACCCCAUUUGAAAACACAUCAAUCAAAACGGGGCCAGCCAGGAGAAACAGCUAUAAGAGCCGGAUGGUGAGGCGGAGCAAGAAAUCUAAGAAGAAGGAAAGUCUAGAAAGGAGGAGAUCCCUUUUCAAAAAACUAGCCAAGCAGCCUUCUCCUUUACUCCACACCAGCCGAAGUUUCUCCUGCUUGAACCGAUCCCUGUCAUCAGGGGAGAGCCUCCCAGGGUCCCCCACUCACAGCUUGUCUCCCCGAUCCCCUACACCCAGCUACCGUUCCACCCCCGACUUCCCAUCCGGUACUAACUCCUCCCAGAGCAGCUCCCCAAGCUCCAGUGCCCCCAACUCCCCGGCGGGGUCUGGACACAUCCGGCCCAGCACGCUCCAUGGUCUGGCCCCCAAACUCAGCGGGCAGCGCUACCGAUCAGGAAGGCGGAAAUCAGCCGGCAGCAUCCCCCUGUCUCCACUGGCCCGGACACCCUCUCCGACCCCACAGCCCACCUCCCCGCAGCGGUCCCCAUCCCCUCUGCUGGGGCACUCACUUGGCAAUUCCAAGAUGGCCCAAGCCUUUCCCAGCAAAAUGCACUCCCCACCCACCAUCGUCAGGCACGUCGUGAGGCCCAAGAGUGCGGAACCCCCUCGGUCCCCACUGCUCAAGCGCGUGCAGUCGGAGGAGAAGCUCUCUCCCUCCUAUGGAGGCGACAAGAAGCACCUGUGCUCCCGCAAGCAUAGCCUGGAGGUCACCCAGGAGGAGGUGCCGCGGGAGCAGCAACAGCGGGAGGUGACCUUGCAGAGCCUGGAGGAGAACGUGUGCGAUGCGCCUGCCCUCAGCCGGGCCAGGCCCGUGGAGCAAGGCUGCCUGAAACGCCCCGUGUCCCGGAAGCUGGGCCGCCAGGAGUCUGUGGAUGAGCUAGACCGAGAGAAGCUGAAGGCCAAGGUGGUGGUGAAGAAACCUGAAGGGCUCUCGGAAAAACAGGAAUCCCGCCCGAAGCCCCACGGACUCGGCAGUGACUUGGAAAACCUCUGCGCUUUUAGGCUCGAAGAGAGAGAGAAGAAAAUCUAUCCGAAAGCUUCAGAGAGGUCAAAUCAUUUUGAGAGCAAAGCAGCCGGGCAGGAGGCGCAGCCCCUAUGCAGCCUUUUGAAAGACGCCCUCCACAAGCAGGCCGGCGUGCGGGCCAGCGAGGGUGUCGCCUCUGAGGGCGCGCCGGCGGCUGGGGACCACGGCCAGGGCACCUGUGACCUCAAACGAGCCUCGACUCACAGCACCCUCCCAGACGGCCUCUGUCACGCCCCCCACAGGUCCACCUCUGGGAAGGGGGACACCGCGGAGAAGGCCCCCCAGGCCAAGGAGGGUCUGCGGUGUGAGAAGUUAGACAGCAAGUUGGCCAACAUCGAUUACCUCCGGAAGAAGAUGUCCCUCGAAGACAAAGACGAGAGCCCCUGCUCUGUGCUCAAGCCCAAGGUGACGGCCGGUGUCCAGGAGGGCCUGCCCGGGAGCCUGGGCCGGACCGUGGGAGGGCAGCAGGAGACCCCGCCAGCCCCCGAGGGCCGCACGCCGUUCAUCGGCAGCGCCCACGCGGCUCAGCUCAGCGCCGUCGCCUUCGUCCCUCUCAAGGCCCUUUCUGGCCGGGUGGACAGUGGAGUGGAGAAGCCGGGCUUGGCUGCGCCGGAGUCGCCUGCCCGGAAAAGCCCCUCCGAGUAUAAGCUGGAAGGGAGGUCUGUGUCAUGCCUGAAGCCCAUUGAAGGCACCUUGGACAUUGCUCUCUUGUCGGGACCGCAGGCCUCCAAGACAGAGCUGCCUUCCCCGGAGCCUGCCCAGAGCCCCAGCCCGGGCAGUGAUGCGGGGUCCCCCAUGCCCCUGGCUCUCCCCAGCAGCACAGGGAGAAAGACUGACCCUGCGGGUCAGAGAGAGCCCUCCCCCGCCGGCUUCAAGGUGAACAAAGCCUACCUGCUCGAGCCUCGGUUCCCGCCGUCCAGCCGGGGUCUGCAGAGUUCACCGGUGGCUGCCCCGCCUGAUCCAGAGCUGAAGCUGGACAAGAAGGUCUCCCAGGCAGCCCGCGCCCCAGUGACCAUCAUGGAGAGCCAUCCCCAGCGGGGAGAGGGCCACCCCAGCCAGCACCAAGACCGCAGCCCCGACGUUAAACUCCUUCCCUUCCCGGGGCAGAACCUCCAAGGGGCCAACGCAUCUCGAUCCCGCAGCCCACUCUCUCCUGAAAGUGUCCCCCCCAGGGAGAGGCCUAGUGGGAGGGAGUUGUCUGAAAGGGGCCCUUCCAUAGUCAAGAGCGAGCGGUCAGCCGCAAGGCCCGACCUCCGCAAAGAGCCCUCCAAGGAGCUGUGUCCCCCAGAAGCUGCUAAACCCAGCGACAGCUCCCAAACCCUCCCUGUGCUGGGGAGGACCCGCCCGGAUGUCUCGACCCAGGCCUUGGAGAAAGUGUGCGGGCCUUGCGGGAGAGCAAACCCCAGAGACGGCCAAGAGGAGGUGAGGCCGCUGGCCAGAGAGGACUCUCUGCGCCCUGCAGGGGCUCCUUGUGAGAGAUAUCUGGGUGCAGAGAGUGGCCUGGGAUCCAGGAUGGAACCCACUUCUACCAGGUGGUGUCUGGAGCCACCCAGGCCGGAGAGUGAGAAGAGUGACAGGCCUUCUGGUUUCCAGUCUGUGCAGAAAGACGGUCCCAAGGAACCAGAAAGGAAAGAACAGCCCCUGCAAAAGCACCCCCCACAAAAGCACCUCACCAGUAGCUAUCAGCCCCCACCCCCCACCAAAGAGCUCCCUGGCCCGGCUUGUCAGCAUUACGUCCUGCCCGGCCACCCCGCCGCCUCUCUGCCGGGGAGCAAGCCCUGUGCUACAGACUCCAGCUUCCAGGACGCUCUCAGGCCUGCUGCUCUGCACGGUGACAGCAGCAGCCAGAAGCCCAGGUCUGACCCCAGCCUGGGCCCUCCAAAGUCUAAGUUCCCAGACUGGCCCCUCUCCUCCCAGAAGCCGGGCGCCGAGGCCUCAGUGAGCAAAGAGCCUGGCGCUCAGACCCUCGGCAGAGCAGGGGUGGGGAGCGGUAAGGGUGCGUCAGAGGAGUUCCCUGUCCUCCCAGGUCCCCAGGAGACAGCCCGUGAAGUGACUGGCCAGGGAGCCAGUGGGCGCUCAGUCCCCCUGCCCAUGGAAGGGGGUCCUCGGGACACAAAGCUGAGACCCACCAGUGCUGGGUGUCCCCCAGAGGCACUGGAGAUGCGAGGACUCCUCGGGGCCAGUGAGUCAGUGGACCAGAAACUUCCCACCAUCAGGGAAAGGCAAAACCUGUCUCCAAAGGCCCCCACACCAUCCACUGUGAAAGAUUGUCCCCCUCUGUGCAAACAGACAGACAGGAGCCCGAGUCCGCUGGCCACCAGCACCGACGCCGGCAAGUCUGAAGGGAAGAAACGCACUGAAGCACUUUACACCCCUGCGGAUGGUGAGAAGCCGGGUGCCGGCUUGACCUCAGUGCACAGUGAGGCUGGGCCCAAGGGUGCGGAGAAGCCGGCAGCAGCCGCUGGGAAGGGCUGGCUGGAGGCCAAGGGGCAAGGGCCCAGUCCCCAGAGGCCACUGAGCGAGGCGACCAAGCCCAGCGGCAUGAAGCGGUCACCCUCAGCCACAGUGCAGGGCUCUCUCCGCUGUGCCACCCUCCCAGAGAAGUCUCUGAGCUACUCCUGUGGCUUUCCCGAGGCCAGACCAGCAGUUCCAGAGACUUCUACCACCUCCGGAGACACCUCCUCUGCCAAGGCCGGCGAGCCUGCAGCAGAACCCCCAGCCUCGAGCAGCAGGGACCAGCGGAAAGCCCUGCCUGGUGAGGGCGGCAGAACCCAAAUGACCAAGAGCGACUCCUUGCCAUCCUUCCGCAGCUCAGCUAUCACUCUGGAGUCCCAGCACCCAAACCCUGGCCUGGUGGUGGGCACCAGUCACUGGGACAGGGCCCUCUCAGUAACCGCCGCCGUGGAAGAAGCCAAAAGGAAAGAGCCAGCCCCCACCCCGCCAGCUCAGACCAGGAACCAGAGUGUGGGCAGAGAGGCGGUCAAGCCGUCCCCCACUCCAAGCACUGAGCGCCCCGCCGUUCUCCCUUCUGAGAGGGACACUGGGCUGCGACAGAGGCGGGGGAAAGAGAGUUUGCGCGGCAGCCCCCACAAAAAGGCCUUGUGA